CGCCGCCCGAUGAUGCUGAUAGCUCUUAUUUACAUUUUUUUCAGAAAACCGACUGAAAAUAAACAUUUAAUAUGAUAAACACAUGUUAAUAAAAGCGAUAAAAUGGCUGCAGUCAAGUCAGAAGCAGCGGAAGAACUGCGCGCGUGUAGAAUAUGCCUCGCUACGGACACCAAACUUUUCGGCAUCUAUGAACAGCGGUUAGAUGAGGCUUUUAUCGAUAUUAUGGGCACUACGCUUUCAGUGUGGGAUGGGUGCCCGCAACACUUGUGUGCGUUGUGUGGCGCGCAGCUCAUCAAGGCGCACGCGCUGCGCGCUCGUGCGCACCGCGCCGACGAGCUGCUCAAGCAAGCUCUCAUGCAGCAACAUAUUAUAACAACAAGCUACCUGGCAACUCUAGACCGUGUGUCGCAGCGGCUGGCCCUCUGCCUGACCAUCCACCAUCCCACCAUCAUGGAGACAACACACGACGAGACCAAACAGGAGAUGGAGGAUGACGACUUUGAUCUGUACCACCCGGAAUUCGACGAGCCCAUCAUCAAUCUGAAGAACAAUAUGUUGCUGGAGAGUGCGAAAGAGACGGAGCUACACGCGGAGGAUAUCAAGACGGACGUGAGCGAGAUGGAGAUAAAGGAGGAAGAACCUGCCAAAAAGAGAAAAGACAAAGUUAGAAGAGAGAAGGUAAGAGUGAAAAGAGACAAGAGUAUAAAAACAAAGAAGAAAGUCCAGAAGAUAAAAGAAGUAGAAGAGAAGGAACCAAAGAAGUACAAGCGGAAACUGAAGGGGUUCAAGAAGUUCUUUGCUAGUGAGGACGAUUAUAUCAAGUUUGAGAACACUUACAAUAUAGAGAUAGUAAAGUUAUCAGAAGAGGAACAGCAAAAAGAGCUAGACGCACGUAAAGAGUCGAGCAACUACCUCCGCUCGGCCUACCGCUGCGAGAGGUGCUUCAAGGGGUUUCUGUCUCACACCACCUUCGAGAACCAUCAGAAGAAGACACACGACCCGAGCAACGGCCGCAACGAGUGUGUUCUUUGCGGCGCGCGUUUCCGUCACCCGGCGGGUCUUAGGAAGCAUUUCGAGUCCCACACACUCAAGUUUAUAUGCAAGAUCUGCCAGUUCAUGACGAGGCAUCGGAGCAUGGCGGUGAUGCACGCUGACUUCCAUUCGGGAAAGACCUUCGUCUGCAAGUACUGCGGCCUCACCUUCAACAAACAAACUACAUUCAACACGCACACACGUGUGCAGCACCCUUUAGAGAACGCCUCGGCGGGCACGUGCGACGUGUGUGGAGAGACCUUUACCGGCAAGCGAGGCCUGCAGCAACAUAAGGCCAUAGCGCAUAAAAAGCUGACGACGCCGGAGCUGAAAUGCCGCUCGUGUCUGGUUCAGUUCGAGAGCGUGGACGCGAAAACACGUCACAAGGUCAACAACGUCUGCGACCCCAAAUUAAGGCCGUGUGCGGCGUGCGGCGAGCGGUUCGAAGACGAGGAAACGGCGAAGAAACACUACCAGGACAACCAUGUGAAGGAGCACUACAAAUGUGACCAGUGCGACACAACGUUCGCGAAGAAAUCCUCCCUCGCCGUCCACUUCGAGCGCGUCCACCUCAAGAUCAAGCCGAAGAAGCCCGCCUUCUACAAGUACCACCAGUACGGCAAGGGAAGAAUGAAGAUAAGGAACGCAGAGAUCUGUGAGAUCUGCGGCAAAGGAUACCCGGACACGACGUGGCUGCGGUACCACCAGCGCACGCACACCGGCGAGCGGCCCUACAAGUGUGCGCAGUGCACCAAGAGCUACAUGACGCCCGCCGGCUUGCAGCGUCACGUGGUGAUCCACACGGGCGUGCGGCGCUGGCAGUGCUCGCAGUGCCCCAAGACGUUCCUGCACCAGUCCUCCAUCUACACACACAAAUUGGUACACACCGGUGAGAAACCAUACGUUUGCCAAAUCUGCAGCAAGGCGUUCACUCAAUCUGGCUCCCUACAAACUCACGUGAAAUACGUCCAUAUGAAACUAAAACCUCCUCCCCGACGCCGCCGACAAGAACUCUAUAAGCCGCCGAGCUGA